AAGGUUGAGUAAGUUUCGAUCUCAAAAUGUUGAUAUUUUUGUGUCUUCUGUUGGUUCAACUCCUCGUUGCUGGAGAGGCGAAUGUGCUGCAGCGCAUCGUCAAUGGAAAACUGGCCAAGGAAAGACAAUUCCCAUACGUGGUUCAAAUUUUGAUCGAUGCCCAUAACGUAACCAGUUUGUGCGGUGGCAGUAUUAUAGCCAACAACUGGGUGCUCACGGCUGCCCAUUGCACUGAGAAUGCCACGUCGGUGAGCCUCAUCUAUGGCUCUAUAUGGAGAAAAGAGAAGCCCACCAAGAAGCUAUUGGCCAAAGAUCACGUUUUCCCACAUCCACAGUACAACAAUUUCGGUGGGUCUGCCAUCAACGAUAUUGCACUGAUUCGCACUGAGUGGGUGGAGUUCAGCGUUCGCAUCCAAAGCAUUCCACUGCCAACAGAAUCCCGAGAUGGCUACAAUAACUUCGUGGGUCAGUGGGCCUUUGUGGCCGGAUGGGGGGCUCUACAUAACAAUGGAAGUGCAUCCGCUCGGUUGUACUGGGCCAAACUGCAGGUCAUCGAUGAAUCCGCGUGCAGAUAUCGAUACGGAAAUAACUUGGAGGGCAUAUUGUGUGCUCGAUCUGACAAUGAACAACAGUCCGCUUGCGAUGGCGACUCUGGUGGACCGCUGGUACACAAUAAGGAAUUGAUCGGCGUCCUCUCAUUUGGAUCCAAAUCGGGAUGUGAAGAUGGUGACCCGUUGGGAUUUGCGGAUGUUUCCAGAUACUUGGGCUGGAUUCGGCAUGUCUCUGGUGUUGGCAAUAAUUACAAUUUGAAUGUGAAUAAAAUCAUCAUAAAACACUAACAUUAUCUU